GCUUGUGUCAUUUUUCCCGCCAGUCCGAUGGGCAAAGAGAUUCCGGCGGAGAAAUCCCUAAAUCUGAUUCGCGGGAGACUCUGCGAUCCUAGUUUUAUCUUCAGACCUCUUUCCGCUUCGUCAGACAGCAAUUACAGUAAAUUGAAGUUCAUUGUAUCAACCUCUAUCACGGAGGGAUGCAACAAUUCCAUCUUGCUUCUCGGCCCUCGCGGCUCUGGCAAAGCUGCUGUCUUGGAUCUCGUUGUAGGUGAUUUAUUGGAGCAGUUUCCUGAUUCAGUAUCAGUAAUCAGAUUGAAUGGACUCUUGCAUAGUGAUGAUAAUUGUGCCUUUAAGGAAAUUGCCAGACAGUUGUGCAUGGAACACCACCUACUGUUCUCCAAGAUGGCAUCAUUCGAUGAGAAUUCACACUUCAUAAUAGCCAUGUUACGGGAAUGCGGACUAGCACAUAAAACAAUCAUCUUUGUGCUUGACGAAUUUGACAUGUUUGCUCAGGGAAAGCAGCGGUUGCUAUACAGUUUGCUGGAUGCUAUGCAAUCUGUAACAUCACAAGCUGUUGUCAUCGGUAUUAGUUCUCGACUGGACGCUGACCAGCUUCUGGAGAAAAGAGUGAGAUCUCGCUUUUCACACAGAAAAAUUCUGUUUCUUCCUCCAUCCAGGGACGAACUUGACGGUUUGUUGGAACAUCUGCUGUCUCUACCAGCAGACUCAAGCUUCCCCAGUGGAUAUGUUUCUCGGUUCAAUGAUAAGAUUAAGAAUAUAACAUCAGACAGGAGAUUUAAAGACAUACUUAAGACAUUUUUUAAUGCUCAUUCUACUGUGAACAGUUUCUUGAAGUUUAUAUUCUGCGCUGUUUCUUUAAUGAAUUUGGAAUCUGGCCUCCUCUCUCUUGAGAACUUCAAAGCAGCACUUUCAAGGAUGCAAAGGCAACCAAAGUUGGAAGCCGUUAGAGAUUGUUCCGUACUGGAGCUUUAUCUUCUGGUAUGUAUGAGGAGGUUAGAAGUGAAGGAGCAAAACUCAUACAACUUCAUUAGUGUAAUGAAAGAGUACAAGGCGAUACACGAUUCUUUUCAAACCUCGGACUACUACGCACAAAAUGUCUGCAUAAGGGGAUUUGAGCACCUGAGAGAGCGACAAGUUAUAUGCUACACAGAGAAUAGAGGACAGUCUCAGACAGGAGAGUACCGUCCCAUGAAGCUUUUGAUAUCAGCCUCUGAGCUUCAUCAGGGAAUGAGAUCUCAUGCGUGUUGCCCGGCCAUCCUUCUCAAGUUAUUGGACCAUUGAUCUCUCUGUUUUUGUCCCUUGGGAAUAAGACAGUCUCUCAAGG